AUGUCCAACUCCAACUUCCUCGACAAGGCAAUCGCCAUCGUCCAGAAGGCCAUUGACGAGGACGUCAAACAGAACUAUGCCGAGGCAUACAAGCUCUACCAGGAUGCUCUCGACUACUUUAUGAUGGCGAUGAAAUAUGAGAAGAACGACAAGCUCAAGGAGCUCAUCCGCAAGAAGUUCACCGAAUAUUUGGACCGUGCCGAGAAGCUCAAGGAGCACAUUGCCAAGAGCGAAGAAAAACGGUCUCGAAGCAAAGUGGGCGCCGAAGGAGGAGGAGGCAGUGCGGCCGGUGGACCCAGCGUGGGCGGCAAGGAUGAGGACGACCCCGAGAUCAAGAAGCUCCGCGGUGCUCUUGCCGGUGCGAUCGUCACCGAGUCGCCCAAUGUCCAGUGGGACGAUGUGGCUGGCCUUGCGCAGGCUAAAGAGGCCCUCAAGGAGGCCGUCAUUCUCCCUAUCAAGUUCCCCCAGCUCUUCACCGGCAAGCGUACCCCUUGGCGCGGUAUCCUCCUCUACGGACCUCCCGGUACCGGUAAGAGUUUCCUGGCCAAGGCGGUGGCGACCGAGGCCAAGAGCACCUUCUUCUCCGUUUCGUCGUCGGACCUCGUCAGCAAGUGGAUGGGAGAAUCGGAACGUCUCGUCAAGCAGCUCUUCCAAAUGGCGCGCGAACAGAAGCCCUCUAUCAUCUUCAUCGACGAGAUUGACUCGCUUACCGGUACCCGUGGCGAGGGCGAGUCUGAGGCCUCGCGCCGUAUCAAGACCGAGUUCCUCGUCCAGAUCAACGGUGUGGGCAACGACGACACGGGGGUGCUGGUCCUCGGCGCGACCAACAUCCCAUGGCAACUGGACCCUGCCAUCAAGCGACGAUUCGAGAAGCGCAUCUACAUCCCUCUCCCCGAGCUCGAGGCUCGCCGGAAAAUGUUUGAGCUCAACGUCGGCACGACCCCGCACCAGCUCUCGCCAGCCGACUUCCGCCACCUCGCGAAGCUGACCGAGGGCUACUCUGGUUCCGACAUUGCCGUCAUUGUGCGCGACGCCCUCAUGCAGCCCGUCCGCAAGGUCCUGUCCGCCACACACUUCCGCGAGGUCACCGUCAACGACGACGACGGAAACGCGGUCACCAAGCUCACCCCUUGCUCGCCCGGCGCCGACGGCGCAGAGGAGAAGACAUGGAACGACGUCGAGAGCUCGCAGCUGCUCGAGCCCUUGCUUACCGUCGACGACUUUGAGCGCGCCGUCCAGAUCAACAGGCCAACUGUCUCGCAAGCCGAUAUCCAGAAGCACAUUGCGUUUACAGACGAGAGUGGUGAGGCAUCGUAA